AUGAGAGGUUGGUUGAGGGAACUGGGAACGGCAGUGGCUGAGGGGACUGGGAGCGGUGAAGGAAGAUGGGAAGGGACAUGUGGACGUGUAUAUGUGAUACUGGAUGUCGAAGGCAACGAGUACAAAUGUAAAUGCAAAUGUUGUCUUCAGAAAUGUAGUAGUAAAGAGAAGCCUGGCAUCUGCAUUCCCCCUCCCCCCGCUCCCCCGCCUCCCCUUUCUUCCACCGGUUCAGAGUCUUCCUCCGCUUCCUCCAGUGUCAUCCCAGCCCCCGGUGUUGCCGGCGCUCGGUCCGGUGGUCCCGGUCCUGACGGUGAAGAUAUGUCUACCACGUCCCCCACUUUCUCCCCUUCCCCCGAAACCAUCGCCGCCGUCAUCGUUGCCAUCAUCGUCGCCAUCAUCCUGCUCGACCUGUGCAUCUUCCGCUUUCCGGUGGGCCGCAACAUCCGCGAUUUUCUCGUACGCAAGAUACCCUUCUGCAUCGCGUUCUACAGCUAA